GUCGACUGCAUGUCAAUAACCCUAUAAUUGAAAAUGGUCAAUAGUUUUUAUGCUUGCAAUCCAUUGUCUCCGCCCUUCAUAUCAGACCCUUAUUUAAGAGGAAUCUUUGAGAGCGUUUCUAAUGAUUUCUGAUUCCCAUCUCUUAAUCAAAAGUUGAAAACUUUUAAUAUCGUUGCCAUUAAAGACAUGUACGAAAUGGAAACGUUCGGUCACUGCGGACACAAUCGUCACCACAAUUGGUCUCAUUUGCCAUUGAAGAAGAGGCCAAUCAAAGAGACGCCCAAGAUUUUCAUUGCCGACAAUUUUAUGCCCAGCUUUAAGAACUAUGGCUGCGGAGAGUGUGGCAAACAGUUCUUCAAUGGUGUCCGAUAUAGAGCUCAUCUCCGGCGACACGAAAGCAAACGAAGCGGAAGAUACAAGUGUUAC